UUCCUGUGGGGUGUUUUUUUUUUUUUGACCCGGAAGUAGUUUCGUUUAUGUCGGCCACGUGAGUGUAGCGUCGGGAGUGGAGGUUACAGCACCACCAUGGGAAAGUCCAGACAAACAGGGAACCAUAAGAGCGAUAAGAAGAAGAACAUCGCAAAAACAUGGAAGACAAAGCGCCGGACUAAGGAUUUGGACCAGAUCCACUCAGACAUGAAACCUGAGACAGCAGCCAAGUUGUUGAACCAGGAGGUGGAUAAUGAUGUGACUGGCUGUGCCCAACACUACUGCUUACACUGCGCGAGAUAUUUUGUGGAUAUGAGGUCGUUGAAGGAACACUUCAAAAGUAAAGUGCACAAAAAACGGAUAAAACUCCUCAGAGAAGAACCUUACACUCAGGCAGAGGCAGAGAGGGCAGCGGGUAUGGGCUCGUAUGUUCCCCCCAAACUGGUGGAGGUGAAGACGCAGCCUGUGGAAGAGGACAUGGACUGAAGAUCUUCCUCUUUAUCCUCCUGAGACCUUGCAGCCACAUACAGGGGCAUAAUCGAAAAAAAAAAAUCCUGUUCAGGUCUUAGGAAGUUAAAUCCAUGAACUGAUCAACUCAAUAAAGCAAGCAGCAACACAAUGCUGCAGUUUUCUUGAUGUCACAGGUGCAUCAUGAAAUGCUUUUAGGUAGCUGACUUCAGGCUAACAACAGAUUCAUUAAAUCCUCACCUUAUAAUAUAGAAUAUAAUGUGGUUAAUGUACAUACUGUGUAUGUUUACAGCUUAUGGAAGGCCAAUAAAUUACAUGUUUUGCUCAG